CCGGGCUCACACGCGUAUACCACUUGUGUACUUGGCAAAUACACAAAUAUUUGCUUACUUGGCAAGUAUACCAGCUUUGUAAUUAGCCAUAGCAGGCACAGCGCUUACUCGACGUGUAGUGUUUGCAAGUACGUAAGCACGAACAUUUGGUUAAAGCCUUGACAGAAAAAGCAAAAUUAUUUGUGAAUUUCGUUUGAGUAUAGAUAAGUCUGUACACCGCAUAAGUGAACGAAUAAUAAUUGUGAUUGUGAUCCCUCUGACUCGGACCAUUUUUACCGACAGAAAAUGGAAACGCCACGAGUACUUGGCAAAUAUUUGUUAAUGGCGUAUAAUUGCCAUGUUGACUCAAACUAAAUUCACAAAUAAUUUUGCUUUUAUUGGAUAGUGGAUAGUAUUCAUUCCGUUUUAAAAGACGAACUGAAGUGUACCCACUAUCAUUUUGUUUCCAAUAAACAUAGUUAAAGUGAAAUUUUGUUUUUCAUAAAUAUUGAUUAUUGUGAAAUGGAGUGGACAAAUGACAUAGUUCUGGAAUUUCUGGAUCAUUAUGAAAAUGAGCCCGUCAUUUGGAUGGCUAAACAUAAAGAUCAUAAAAAUCGUAAUGCAGUUAAUGAUGCAUGGAAAAGGAUACAAGAUAACAUAUCUGUUGAGUGUACUAUGCAAGAACUGAAGAAAAAAAAAGAAUCGCUGAUGGCCACAUUUCGGCCUCUGAUUAAAAAAGUUAAAGCUUCAUCAGGAACUGGAUCCGAUGCCGUAGAAGUUUUUAGGCCUACAUGGUUUGCGUUUGAAAAAAUGGCUAGAUUUUUACACGGUAUAUGUGAACUCAGAAAUACGCAAGACACAGAGGAGUCGGAAAAUUUGAACACCGCGGAAGAUGAAAAUUCUGGGAAUAUCUACGAAGAAACAGGACCGUUUGCCACCUCUGACGAAACCAAUGAAGCACACAUGUUUAGUGAAACUUUGAAUCCAAAUACACAAAUAGGGCCAAGUAAUACCACUUCAGAAACACAAUUCAAGGCACCUACUACCAAAAAUAAAAAAAGAACGGCUGUGGACGUAGUUGGACAGCGUAACGAGGCUUAUAAGAUUUUAAAAACUUCUAUACAACACACUGCAAAACCAAAACAAAGUAUUUGUCAUGUUUAUGGGCAGUUGGUUGCUGAGAAGUUAGAAGCUUUGGAUGAAAUUGAUCGGAUUGUAUUGAUGAAUGACAUUGAUAAUUUGUUGUUUCGAGCUACCCUGAAACAUAAUAUGGAGAAGCAAUUGCGGCAACAGUAUUCCAUUAAUCUUCCUCAACAAUAUCCUUUUCGCACAAAUCAGAUGCCUUACUUAAACAAUAAUUCCUCAACCAUUACCGGACAACCUUCUUCAACUACUUUCAAAAAGCAUUCUUUAGCAGCUGCAGAAUCUCCAAUUCAUACAAUGGUUUCACAAGCUUACUACUCAUCGCCAGAGUAUCAGGAUGAAGUCAGCGCAGCUACAACUUCUGAUGAACAACGCAGCACUUUUGCGGCUAUCCCACAAUCCUCACCUCAUUAGAAGUCAGUGAACAAUGAUUGUAUGAUUAUACAAAUAAAAAUAUAUAGGAAAAAAUUAGGUAGAUACUCACUUUUAUUUGAUCCUGCAGAACCUGACAUAAAUGCAUCGCAUACGUCAAAAACGCAUGUGCAUACUAUUUGUGGUGAAAUUUUAAAUAGGUAGACUUUUAAAACUAUCACCAGUAGCAAAAAGUCUCAGAGCAACGUAGAAUCUUUCUUGAACAGGAAUCGCCUUUUUAAAAUUAGUGUCACUUUUUUUAAUCAGAGAGUUUAUUUUAUUAAAGGGGGUGUGCGCCAAAAAAACAACUUCAUCUCAAAAGAAAGAGAAAAAAAAUCUAAGAAUAACAGUGCAAUCCGCACCCCUCUAUGACAAAUAAUACCGCAGAUAUGGCUCUAUGAAGGUACCGCAUCUCACCCUAUGACGUCACGAAAGCUCAAGCGACGCACGAGAAAGUGGAGUUAAUUAAAUUUACAUAUGUUUCUCCUGUGUUACCUGCAAUAAUCUAAACAAAAACCUCUCACGCGUGCCGGGAACAAUCAAAUUAACAAUGCGGAGCGCGGCUGG